AUCGCCAAAGUGGUUUAAGCCAAAAAGAUUUAGGCCAAAAUUGAUAAACUAAUUAAUAAUUUACUGAGAAAUUUUCACAGGUAUUUCUUGAUUCAUUUAUGAUAUUGGCUUCAUUCAAAUCGUUUCAGUCAAUUUCUCAAUUAAAUCAGUAAAAAUGUCUAAUUUCGAGUUUAUCACUUCAAAUAAAGGAAAAAAUUUAAUUAAGUGUAACAAUUAUUUAUAUCGACAAAGGUCGAAGACAGGAAAUGUUUCUUAUUGGUCUUGUGUUGAAACUAAUUGUAAAUCGAGAGGAAAACUUUCAGAUUCUUCAUUUUCUUUGUCAAGUGAUCAUAAUCAUCAACAGAAUUUCAUUGAUCUGAUUCAACGUAAUCAAAGAUCAAAAGUCAAAGAGAUCAUUUCAACUGAUCCAACAAUUUCUGGGCUAACAGUUUAUAACCAAGCAACAAAUCAACUAAUAAAUCGAUCCGAUAUCGAAACUCAAUCUGAACUAAUUGGCGCUUCUCUUCAGCCGUUCAUCUCUCUCCAGCCCACAAUUUCAUAUAACAAAUUAAAAUUACUUCCACCUUUACCUGUUACUCGUUCAGGUAUUGUGAUACCUGAAAAUUUCAAACAGUCGGCUGGUAAAGAUUUUCUUCUAGCUGAAGAUGGAGAUGAAGAUAAAAUUCUUAUUUUUGGAACUCGAGAUUUUUUUAGAAUAUUAUGUGCUUCGAAAAAUGUUUACAUGGAUGGAACCUUCAAAUGUGUACCAUCGAUUUUUUAUCAACUUUACACUAUCCAUGUUAUGGUAAAAGAUCUGAUGAUUCCUGUAAUUUAUGCUCUUCUCCCUGAUAAAAAUCGGUCAACUUACAUAAGAUUUUUUCGAAUGAUUCAAGAUCUAGCGAUUGAUGCAUUUCUAAGCUUUUCUCCGGAAGUUUUUAUAUUAGACUUCGAACUGGGAGUGAUUUCUGCGAUAAAGAAUUUGUUUUCUUCUUCAACAAUCAAAUGUUGUAAUUUCCAUUUUGGACAAUGUGUAUGGAGAAAAGUUCAAAAUAUUGGCCUGAAAAAAGAUUACGGAGUCGACCAAAAUGUAACAAAAACAAUCAAAAGACUAAUUUCUCUGCCAUUGAUUAAGCCUGUUGAUAUUGAUGAAGUUUUUGAAAAAAUAGUAAUUGAUGCUGGUGAUGGAGAUAAAAUUGAAAAGUUAUUAGAAUAUUUUUAUGAUAACUUUUACAAAACUGAUGCAAGAUUUGAACGUUCACUAUGGAAUACAGCUGAUCUGAUUGGACCUCGAACAACUAAUCACCUCGAAGGUUGGCAUCAUGCAAUCAACCUGGAUAUCAAAAUCUCUCAUCCUAAUCUAUGGAUUUUUAUAAAAAAAAUAAUGAACCAACAAAAAAUAUUCGAGACGAGGUUACUAAUCCAAAAUUCUGGUACAAAUGUUGUAAGAAAAAGGAAUAAAUGGAUUCAAAUUAAUAUAAAACGUGAUAAACUAUUCGAAAGAUACAACAAUGGAGAAUUAUCAGCUCUUGAAUAUUUAGACAGAAUAAAAUACUUACAAUUUGUCUGAACUUAAGAAUCGAAAUUGGCUCUUUUUAUUUUGGCUCAAAUAAGUUUGGCUGUUUUCUAUU